CUGUUGAAGAGGCUGGUGAAUGAGAGUCAUGUGUUGAUCAUGCUGUUGUGCAGCUGAUGAUGGGCAGGAUCACUUCAGUGUGCUUCGAGUCUCAAACACGUCCAGCUUCACGUUCAGUGAGGACGAUGGAUUUCAGAGCUGUGAAGUUUGUUUUCUGUGUGGUCUGUCUGGUGCGCUGCAGCCCCGAGCAGAGCUCCACAAAGAAGAACAUCAAAAAAGAGAACAGUGCUGCCAUCGAGGAGCUGAAGAAACAGAUGGAGCAGAUUGUGCAGGAUCUGAAUCUGAUCAAGGAACAACAAGCUUUACAAACAGUUUGCUUAAAAGGCAUCAAGAUCCCAGGCAAGUGUUUUCUCGUGGACACAACGAAGAAGAGCUUUCACCCAGCAAACGAUGACUGCAUCGCUAAAGGAGGAACGCUCAGCAGCCCUCUCUCUGGAGACGAGAACGACCAGCUGUAUGAUUACGUGCGGCAGACCGUGGGGCCAGAGGGGCACAUCUGGUUGGGUGUGAAUGACAUACUAAAGGAGGGAGAGUGGACCGACCAGACGGGCUCACAGAUACGCUUUAAGAACUGGGAAUCAGAGAUCACCCAUCAGCCCGACGGAGGACGGGGCCAGAACUGUGCCAUCCUGUCCAGCACGGCCAACGGGAAGUGGUUCGACGAGGACUGCCGUGGAGAAAAGCCGUCUGUCUGCCAGUUCAACAUCGUCUAAUCCAUGAUAUAGAAAGAUGGAUUACACAGAUAUUUGCAGUAGAAUGUGUAACAAAAAGAUCAGUUAAAGUUACAUUAUGUAAGAUUUUUGCAUUAAAAUAUCCAA